AUGGCAAAUCAAUCAUCUGAGCUAGCCAUUGAACAACUCAAGAAGCUUCUCAGUGAGAAAGAGGAACUUAAUGAGGUGGCCACAUCAAAAAUUCAAGAGCUUAUAGUUGAGUUGCAGAAAUUGGGAUGUACUGCUGAGAAGAGAAUCACUGAUGGCUUUGCUCAUUUCAAACACAACAACUUUGACAAGUAUCCGGAAUUGUAUGAUCGACUUGCUAAAGGACAAUCUCCCAAGUUUAUGGUAUUUGCUUGCUCUGACUCUAGAGUGAGUCCUUCUAUUAUUCUGAACUUUCAACCUGGUGAAGCUUUCAUGGUCAGAAACAUUGCUAACAUUGUCCCUCCAUUUAAUCAGUUAAGAUAUAGUGGAGUUGGUGCAACAAUUGAGUAUGCUAUUACAGCUCUAAAGGUGCAAAACAUCUUGGUUAUUGGACAUAGUCACUGCGGCGGAAUAUCGAGGCUAAUGAGUCAUCCAAAGGAUGGUUCAGCUCCAUAUGAUUUCAUAGAUGAUUGGGUGAAAAUAGGUUUACCUGCCAAAAUCAAGGUCCUGAAAGAAUAUCACAACCAUGAUUUCAAAGAACAAUGCAAAUUCUGUGAAAUGGAAUCAGUGAAACACUCAUUAAUGAACCUGCAGACAUAUCCAUAUGUUGUUACAGGAAUAAAGGACAAGAAUUUAGCAUUGUUGGGAGGUUACUAUGAUUUUGUGAAUGGAGAAUUCAAGCUUUGGAAGCAUGAGAUUUGA